CUGGCCUAGAUCCCAUCGAAACAAAAAAAAUUUAUCGGUCACAAUUGUGUUUGAUGAAGCCGUCUUCCUGUUUCUCCUGGCAUGAAUUUCUUCUACAAUUGGCAUUGUUGUGCUCAUAAGUAUGUGCAGUCGUAACUUCGCAGGGCAACACAACGCCAAGAAAAUUGAAUGCUCGAUAUUAAGGUGAUAGCCGCCCUUCGCAUACAAGUCCUAGUUGCAGCAAGUAUUACGUUUUCUCAAGCAUGUUAGGUACAUCUGGUUCUACCAAACUUUCGUUGCUUCCCAGAUCCCAUUAGCCCAGGUAAUUAUUCCAAUCGGCAGGCCGGUCGCCGGACAAGUAGUGAAUCAGGCGGUAUGUACGAAGUUUCCGCGCCGGAAAUCUUUCGGGCAGUCUGUGCCCUCGGUUUUUGCCGGAGGAGGUGGUAGAACCGGAGGAGGAGCAACGGCAGCGGCAGCGGCAGUGGCAGCAGGAUAGCCGAUCUUGUCCUUGCCUCCGCCCAGCCAGCUUAAGGAACACAAAGGAAAGGGAUGCCAGGAAGGACCACACUGGAUUGGGCGGCGAAGCCCGACCAUCUUGGCGGGAUCCCGCGGAGGUUGAUAUUCGCAGCGGUGGGUGCGUUCUCCAAGGUUGUGGCAAGCUUCCUCAACUCGACGUCUGUGCACAACUCGGAGACCCUUCUCAAUGUCGUCCGGCACAGGCCGGCCGGGACGCCUCUGCUCACCGUCAGCAACCACAUGUCCACGUUGGACGAUCCGCUUCUCUGGGGAUUCAAGGGUUUCCCAUCCACAGACUCGAACUUGGGACGUUGGUCGCUUGCAGCAGAGGACAUUUGCUUCAAAAAUUCCAUAUUGGCUUAUUUCUUCCGGAUCGGAAAAUGCAUUCCUGUAAAUAGAGGGGCUGGAAUAUAUCAAGAAAACAUGAAUGAAGCACUCGAUCGAUUAAGUGAUGGAGAAUGGUUGCAUACAUUUCCGGAGGGAAAGGUGUACCAAGAGAAUUGCCCAAUAAGACGGCUAAAAUGGGGAACCGCUAGUCUUAUUGUUCGAGCGCCUGUAACACCAAUAGUUCUGCCUAUUGUACAUUGUGGUUUUCAAGAGGUGAUGCCUGAGAAAUCCUUUUUUGGGCGAAGGCCUCCUCUUCCGCUUUGCAGGAAGGAGAUUGAUGUAGUUGUUGGAGAGCCUAUGGAAUUUGAUCUUGUUGAAUUACGACAGGCAGCUAAAUCCACACCCCAAGAAUCAUCUGACCGCUGCCAUGGUUGGCCUACAACAAAACAUGGACUGGAUGAGGCGGCACAAAGAUGGUUGUAUAUUAACAUUUCUAAUCAGAUCCAAAGCGCCAUGGAGUCUUUGCGGUGUUUUGCUGUUAGCCUUAGAAAAUUGAAGGUGUGAUGUUGAAGACCGUCAAUCAUGUCCUUCCCGAUUCUUGUAUCUUAUCUGAGGAGUAAUUUUUAUCUAUUGAUUUUCUAAUUUAUAGCUGCAAUUCCAUUCGAGUAAAGAAUAGCUAAAUUUCUGAGACUUUGUUUAGUUGGAAAAGCAAUACACACUUGCGCUCUGAGCACAGGUCUAGGUCAUCACUGAGUAGCUUCGUGAACGCAUGAGACAUCAAUCUUUUGUUGUGAUGA